AUGACUGAAGUGGAAAAAAUGUCGGAGAAUCAAAUUGAUGGAAAUAAUAUUUUAGCUGAAGCUUUAAAAUCUCAGGGAGUCAAAUAUGUUUUCGGCAUUGUGGGAAUACCUGUUAUAGAAUUAAGUUUCGCUAUGCAGAGAAAUGGAAUGUGUUUUAUAGGAAUGAGAAAUGAACAAUCUGCUUGUUAUGCAGCUCAAGCAAUGGGAUAUUUAACCGGGACUCCCGCUGUGUGCCUUGUCGUGUCCGGACCAGGACUACUUCAUUGUGCAGGCGGAAUGGCAAAUGCUCAAGUUAAUUGCUGGCCCUUGCUUGUGAUAGGUGGUUCAUGCCCUCAGGAUCAUGAAGGGAUAGGAGGAUUUCAAGAAUGUUUACAAGUUGAAUUAAGCAGACCCUAUUGCAAAUACUCAGCUCGCCCUCCUUUUUUAACUUUGAUACCGAGACAUGUAGAAAAAGCAGUAUAUUUGACAACAGUGGGAAGACCUGGCACAGCUUAUUUAGAUUUUCCUGGUAAUUUACUUCAACAGCAAACAUCAGCUUUUAAAAUAAAACCUAAAAAUUCUGUGAAACCGUUACCUGCCCCCCAUUCCGAUGCCUUGAACGAAGCCAUAAACUUAUUGGUCAAUGCUAAAAAUCCUUUGGUCAUAAUCGGAAAAGGAGCAGCCUGGGCCAGAGCUGAAAAUUCUGUCAGGAAUUUAAUCGAAAAUUAUAAUUUUCCUUUUUUACCAACGCCGAUGGGAAAAGGUGUAGUAUCAGAUAAUGAUAAAAGAUGUGUAAGUGCUGCCAGGACUGCUGCUCUCUUAAAUGCUGAUGUGGUUUUACUACUCGGAGCUAGACUCAAUUGGAUUCUUCACUUUGGUUUGCCUCCCAGAUAUCAACCGGAUGUUAAAUUUAUUCAUGUUGAUUUAGUAGCUGAAGAAAUGAAUAAUGGGACUCCUUGUGCAGUAGCCAUACAGGCAGAUGUUGGCAUCACUUGUGAUGCUUUGGUAAAUGCCCUGAAAGAAAAAAAUUUUUCCAUCGAUUUAAAUAAUAAUAAAUGGUGGAACAUGUUGCAUGGAGCAAUUAAAAAAAAUACAGAAACUGUUAUGAAUAUGUGCUUAGACACUUCAGUUCCUCUGAAUUACUACACUGUUUUUCAUCACAUACAAGAAAUCAUUCCAAAAGACAGUAUAAUUGUAAGCGAGGGUGCCAAUACAAUGGACAUUGGUAGAGGACUACUUCCAAACAUUUUACCAAGGCAUAGAUUAGAUGCAGGAACAUUUGGAACAAUGGGUGUGGGACCAGGUUUUGCAAUAGCUGCUGCAUUAUGGUGUAAAGAUUUUGCACCGGAAAAAAAAGUAAUUUGCGUAGAGGGAGAUUCUGCUUUCGGUUUUUCAGGUAUGGAAGUUGAAACGAUGGUCAGGUACAAACUUCCCAUAAUUAUAAUUAUUGUUAACAACAAUGGCAUUUACAGCGGAUUGGAUAAACAAACAUUUACAGAUUUUCAAAAUCUUGGAAGUUUACCAGAAAUAAUGCCUCCUACGUCACUGGGAACAGAAAUAAGUUAUGAAAAAAUAAUGGAAUUAUUCGGAUGUAAAGGUUACAUGGUGAAAACAAUUCCAGAUCUUCAAAAUGCCUUGAAAAUAUGUUUGAAGGAGACAGAUAAGCCGAAUGUUAUCAAUGUUUUGAUAAAUCCGACAGCAGGUAGAAAAGCUCAAACAUUCAAUUGGCUAACAGAAUCGAAAUUAUAA